UGUGUCACUGCAGCAGCUGUGCAGUGAGUUUGUCUUAAGUUUAUUAAUUUUCUGAACAAGUUUUUCAUAGUUUAAAUUUAGAAUUCCAUUUUUAGAGUAUUACUUCAUAUUUAGUGAAAGAGCCUACAGUUAAUGUUCACCUUAUAAUAGUGAAAGAGCCCACUUAUGUGUUACAUUAAGUAGCCUCCUUCCCACCACCAGAGUGACCUUGUGCACUUCCUAUGUGCAUACAGAGACCUUGUGUGGGUACAAGUACCACAUAAUCUUGCCACAUAAACAAUGGGCAGCCAUAUUUACUGACCAUGUGAUUUCAGAGACAAGUGUUUUCAUACUCAUUGCGAUUUAGUUCUUCAAGUUUCAUCACUUUAUUCACUCUUUGUGGACCUUGAAAGACCCCAUUUUGAUUGUUAUCUCAAUCUACUCAAUCUACUAUCAGCAAUCACCACCAUGUUGUCAAGUGGCUUCAUUGUGUUUAGUGUGUGGUUCCUGGAUUGAUUGCGAAUACCAGUCACUUGGGAGUCCUUUUCUCAUAAGUUUGAGAACUAGUAGUCCGAAACUCCUCUGGGCACAAGUGAGCCCUGAGGCAGCCACAAUAACAAUCAAAGGACAAUCAAAGUCACAACCAAAGUCCAGUCGUUCCAGAGCAUGCAGAGUGAAUAAACCCACGUCAUGUCGUUACCAAUCCAGUCGUCUUCUAGUCAUAAGUUUGACAAGUCAAAGAAGAGUAACGCCGGUCGAGCAGCAAGUCACGCUGGUCAUGUGUCGUCUUACAAGUCAAGCAAGAGUUCCAGUCGAGCCAGUCAUGCCGUGUCCGUUACAUCAUCAUAUGCACGGCAUCAGGAAGAAAAGCUGGAACUAGCGAAAACAGCGGCUGCUCUGCAGGUCCAGCUAGACUUUGCAGAGAAAGAAAAACAGCUGAAACUCCGGGAGUUGGAAGCGGCAAAGAAAGUGGAGGAAAUGAAGAUCGAGAGAGACAAAAAGUUAGAACAACUUGAAAUAGAGAGGAAAUUGGCCGAAACCCGAGCUGUGAUGCAGGUGUACUCAUCGCUGGAGCGGGAUGACAACAGUUCAAUAUCAUCAGAGCUGUCCGGCAUCCCCGCCGACAAACAUGAACAUAUGCAGAGAUUCCUCAACUCGCAUCAAAGUGAUCACCCCCCUCCACUGUGUCCAUCUGUGCCCCAAAGUGAAAGCGCAUAUGUGGACAAUGCGUCACUCCAACCAGUUGCCAUGGUUACAUCAGCCAAUCAGAACAGAUCUGAUGAACAGUCCAGUGUACAUCAUUCUCAUCACCAAAGUGAAGGAGGACGGAUGACGAUGUCGUCGGCACUUGAGAAGUGCAUUACACAGUUGGCCGAGUCCAGUAGACAACAGCAUGAUGUAAACAAACGCCUUGUUGCAUCUAGCCAGCUACCAAAGAUAGCCGUCCCCCAAUUCAACGGUGAUCCACUACAGUACCCCCUGUGGCGGAACUCCUUCAAUUCCCUUAUCGACAGCCAACCCCUUGACGCCGACACCAAGCUUAACUACCUCAAUCAAUAUGUGACGGGAAAACCAAAGCACCUAGUGGAGCACUACAUGCUCAUCGGCACUGAAGAGGCCUACACGCAAGCAAGAAAAGUAUUGAACGAGAGGUACGGAAACAGUAGUGUAGUGAGCACUGCUUUCAUAAGCAAACUCCGUCAGUGGCCGAGGUUAACGCCGAGGGAUGCAGCAGGCUUGAGAGAUUUCUCUGAUUUUCUGGGGAAAGUAGAGGCAGCACGAGCAACCACAGCAAGCCUUGGAGUGCUGGACUACGCCAGUGAGAAUGCUCGUCUAGUCGAGAAACUGCCAUUCAACCUUGAGACAAAGUGGCGAGACAAGAUUGACUAUUGGAGACAGAUCCGUGGUCAGGAUUCCUUCCCCCCAUUCAGCGAGUUUGUCAAACUCGUGAAGAUUGCAGCAGACAGGGCAAACAUUCCUGAAUUGCAGAGCGUGGUUCGAAGUCAGGACAAACAACGUUCAAAUGGAGGAAGUGCUCCGAAAAAGAACACCAGUGUUUUUGCGACUAGUACCAGUCGAGGUGAACCAACAAGCAGAGUGCAGUUGUCCAGUGACAAGAGUUGUCUCUUCUGCAAUAAGCGUCAUCUCCUGGACGAGUGUGAGCGCUUUCUGCGCAAGCCUUUCGCUGAGCGAAAGGAUUUCUUCUUCAAGAAGAGACUGUGCAUGGGCUGUGCACGUUCCAGUGAUCAUCAAGUGAGAGAGUGUAAUGACAAAAAAGUUUGUCGGAUCUGCGCUGGUGCCCAUUUGACCUGUCUCCAUCGCAACUUCCAACAGAGACGGCCAGAAGAAACUGCUUCAAGUAACCCCCAGUCAGCAGCGGCAAGUAAACAACCAGCUGACAAAGUCCCAACCAAUUCAUCCCCACCCAAAGAAGUCAUUGCUGUGCACCCCAAACGAGAUGAGGGAAUGUCCAACUGUAUUCAAGUGUGUUCCCAACCAGACCAAGAAGGAGAAGGUGACCACUCCAUGAUUAUACCAGUGUUGGUUCGUAGUGAGAGUGAUCCAGCGAGGGAGUUCCUCGAAUAUGCCAUCUUGGACGAACAAUCCAACAGUUGCUUCGUAUCAAAGAGUUUGUGUGAAAGGAUGAACCUGCAGGGACCAGAGACGCAGUUACUACUCAGUACAAUGCAAGAGCAAAAUGUGCAAAUCACCAGCAGUCGCAUAUCCGGGCUUGAAGUGCUUGAUGUCAAUAGAGAGCACACUGUUCAACUUCCAGUCUGCUUCAAGCGGGACAGCGUUCCAGCCAAGAAAUCCCAGAUACCGAAACCUGCGGUUGUGCAUCAAUGGCCCCACCUGAAGUCUCUGGCAGAUAAACUCAUGCCCUAUGAUCCAACCCUGCAAAUAUCUCUUCUCAUCGGGAGCAAUUGUCCCAGAGUAGUUCGACCCAGGGAAAUCAUCGCCGGUGGAGAGGAUGACCCUUACGGCCAGAGGUCACUACUAGGCUGGGGAGUAAUUGGGAACGUGUGCAAGGCUGCACGACAAACCGAUGACCAACCUGCAGUAUGCAACAAAGUGGUUGCUGCUGAACCACAAAGCUACCAACACUUCGUCUAUGGUACGAGGGUGAAAGAAGUCUUAAACCCAGAGAAAGUUCUCAAGGUGUUGGAAUCCGACUUUGUCGAGAAUCAUCAGGGGAAGCCAUACUCAGUAGAAGACGAGAAGUUCCUGAGCGUGAUGGAAAAAGGAAUAAAGAAAGCAUCCGAUGGCCACUACGAAAUGCCACUACCACUGAAGUCUGACGCUGCGACCCUGCCUAACAACCGCCAACUUGCAGUCAAGAGAUGGAAUCAGCUGUCCGCCAGAUUCCGAAAGAAUGUGAAGUUUCGUGAAGACUACAGGGAGUUCAUGAAAGAUGUUAUCCCAAAGUCUGCAGAGAGAGUCCCCCUAGACCAACUGGAAGUUGAUGAGGGAAAGGUAAACUAUGUGCCGCACACCGGAGUCUAUCACCCCAAAAAGCCGGACAAGAUAAGAGUGGUGUUCGACUGUUCAGCCAAAUAUGGAGGCGUUUCACUCAACGACCAUCUCCUUCAAGGUCCUGACUUGACUAAUGGUCUUCUCGGUGUUCUGUGUAGAUUCAGGAAAGAGGAAGUGGCCUUUAUGGUUGACGUGAAGAGCAUGUUCCAUCAGUUCUAUGUAGAAGAGAAGUACCGUGACCUGCUGCGAUUCCUAUGGUGGGAAAAUGGUGAUCCAGAGAAGCCAGUGGUCGAAUACAGAAUGAAAGUUCACGUGUUUGGGGCCGCUAGCUCACCAGGCUGUGCCAACUUCGGGCUGAAGAGAGCAGCAGAUGACGGAGAGGAUGAGUUUGGUGCAGAGGCAGCAAACUUCAUUCGUAAUGAUUUCUACGUAGACGAUGGACUGAAGUCACUACCCACAGUGGAAAGAGCAUCAUUACUGAUCAAAGCCAGUCAGAAUCUGUGUGGAAAAGCUGGGUUGAAACUGCACAAAAUCAUCUCCAACAAAAGAGAGCUGUUGGAAAAAUUCCCAGCAGAAGAGCGAGCCAGUGGUACAAGGGAACUAGAUCUGAAGGUUGAUGUACUACCAAUGGAAAGAGCCCUGGGCGUCACUUGGUGUGUCGAGAGUGACACCUUUCAGUUCCAUAUUGAGUUGAAAGACAGACCAUUCACAAGACGAGGCAUACUUUCAACUGUAAGUUCGAUCUAUGACCCAAAUGGCUAUGUGGCUCCAGUAACCCUCAGAGGGAAGAGAAUUUUGCAGCAGAUGUGUCGCGACAAACUUGAUUGGGACAGUCCAGUGCCAGAGAUGCUACAACCUGAGUGGGAGAAAUGGCGUUUAGAGGUUCUCGGCUUAGAGAAGAUCCAAAUCCAGCGAUGUUUUAAGCCCAAGGAUUUUGGAACUGUGACAGCAGUUGAAUUGCAUCAUUUUUCCGAUGCAAGCCAAGAUGGUUAUGGUCAGUGUUCCUACCUGCGACUAGUCGAUGAGAACAAUAAGGCACAUUGUUCCUUUGUAGUCGGUAAGUCCAGAGUGGCCCCUCUGAAGCUCGUCACCAUCCCCCGGCUAGAACUUGCAGCAGCAACUGUCUCAGCAACUGUGAGUGAAUUCCUGCGACGAGAGCUAUGUUACGAGAUGCUCCACGAAUAUUACUGGACAGACAGCAAGAUUGUUUUGGGAUACAUAAACAAUGAAGCAAGACGAUUCCAUGUCUAUGUUGCUAACAGAGUGCAGCAAAUCAGAAGUCUGACUAACCCAGAGAGAUGGAUGUACGUAGACACCAAAGAAAAUCCUGCUGACGAAGCAUCACGUGGUCUGACAGCAAAGGAACUUAUAGAGAAGUCCUGCUGGUUAUCCGGUCCAGAUUUCUUGCAGAAGGAUGGCCCCUUUCAACCCCAGCCAGCCGUAGUUGCACCACUGAGUGAAUCAGACCCAGAUGUGAAAAGAGUCUCAGCUUUCGUGACAACAGCUGAGAACAACGCACGACAUCAUCACUUCGAAGUGAGCCGACUUGAUUGCUUUUCAUCCUGGAAUAGAGCUUGCAGGGCAGUCGCUCUUUGUCUGAGGUUGAAGACAAAGUUGAGGAACAGAGUAGUGAAGAAACCUUGUGAAAGGAAAGUUUGUUCCACUCCUGCGAAGCAAGCAAUCACUGUGGCAGAACUACAGAAUGGAGAGAUGGAAAUCAUCAAAAAUGUUCAGCAUGAACAUUUCAGUGUCGAGUUACAGGCCCUACAAGAACUUGGUGUAAUCGGGCAAGUCACCGAUGGAAAGACUGCAAGGGUGAGAAAUGACUACCUGAAGAAGACAAGUUGUCUGUACCGGCUAGAUCCCUUUCUAGAUGUCGAUGGCAUCAUCCGAGUGGGUGGCCGUAUUGCCAGAUCUAAUCUUCCAAUUGAAGCUAAGCAUCCAGCCGUUCUCCCUCACAAAGGUCAUGUCACCCAGUUGUUGAUUCGCCAUAUUCAUGAGAAGGUGAAUCACAUGGGCAGAGGAAUGACACACAACGAGCUACGUCAGAGAGGGUACUGGGUAAUUGGUGGUUCAUCAGCUGUGUCCAACUACAUCUCAAGAUGUGUGACCUGCCGCAAACUGCGUGGAUCGCUGCAGCGACAGAAGAUGUCUGACCUACCCGUAGAUCGACUAGAGCCAGCGCCCCCAUUUUCCUAUUGCGCUGUGGACUACUUCGGUCCAUUUUUGGUGAAAGAGCGUAGGAGUCAAGUGAAACGUUAUGGUGUCCUGUUCACAUGUAUGGCGUCUAGAGGUGUUCAUCUAGAGACAGCAAAUUCCUUAACGGCAAGUUCUUUCAUCAAUGCCCUUACAAGAUUCCAGAGCAGGAGAGGACCUGUACGUCAACUGCGUUCAGACCAAGGUACAACAUUCAUCGGUGCUCGGAGUGAGCUGAGAGAAGCGCUAGCUGAGAUGGAGCAGGACAGAGUCCACCAGUACCUGUUAGAGAGCAACUGUGACUGGAUUCCCUUCAAGCUGAACACACCGCAUGCCAGUCACAUGGGAGGCGUGUGGGAGAGACAGAUAGGUACAGUACGCCGUGCACUAGAGGGUCUUCUUCUUAAAACCACGACACAACUGGAUGAUGAAUGUUUCAGGACCUUCAUGACUGAGGUAGAAGGCAUCAUCAAUUCACGACCUCUAACGACAGACUAUCUCUGCUCAUCAGACGCACCAGAGCCAUUGACACCCAAUCAUCUGUUCACCAUGAAACCCAAGGUGGUUCUGCCUCCGCCUGGAAAGUUCCAGAAGGAAGAUGUCUAUGCCCGCAAAUGGUGGAGACGUGUCCAGUACUUGACCAAUGAGUUUUGGGUGAGAUGGAGAAAGGAGUUUCUGCACCAUCUUCAAGAGCGCAAAAAGUGGGUCAAUCCAGUAAGAGAUCUACAAGUAGGUGAUGUCGUGAUCUCCAAGGAAGGUGAACAGACCAGGAACCAGUGGCCACUGGGACGCGUAGUGGAGACCUACCCGAGCAAUGACGGAAGAGUCAGGUCAGUGAAGCUCUUGAUGGCCGAUGGCACACGAGACAACCUUGGCAGACGGCAACACUCUCCAUCACUCCUUGACAGACCAGUACACAAGCUUGUCCUGUUGGUACCCGCAGAGAAGCCUGAAGCUCAAGAGACCAGAGAAGUCCCCACCGAAGAGCCAAACUGAAGAUCCUGCCAGAAGAGACCCACUGCUGACGACAAUCUAUUUAGUUUAUGAACUUUACAUUUUAACUGUUCUUGUUACUCAUUAGUAGGUAGAUACCAAUUUAACGAGCCAACACUAGUCCGCAUCUGAGGAGCAGUGCGUGCGAGACAAGACGUCCACCAAGAUGAAGGAACAUUUUCAUGGACAUUAAUCUUUGAAGUUCAGGUUUGAUUUUAGUUUGUUAACUGCGAGAUGCAGUUAGAGGAGCCAUGUCACUGCAGCAGCUGUGCAGUGAGUUUGUCUUAAGUUUAUUAAUUUUCUGAACAAGUUUUUCAUAGUUUAAAUUUAGAAUUCCAUUUUUAGAGUAUUACUUCAUAUUUAGUGAAAGAGCCUACAGUUAAUGUUCACCUUAUAAUAGUGAAAGAGCCCACUUAUGUGUUACAUUAAGUAGCCUCCUUCCCACCACCAGAGUGACCUUGUGCACUUCCUAUGUGCAUACAGAGACCUUGUGUGGGUACAAGUACCACAUAAUCUUGCCACAUAAACAAUGGGCAGCCAUAUUUACUGACCAUGUGAUUUCAGAGACAAGUGUUUUCAUACUCAUUGCGAUUUAGUUCUUCAAGUUUCAUCACUUUAUUCACUCUUUGUGGACCUUGAAAGACCCCAUUUUGGUAAGAAGCAUUUUCCUUGAUUUUAUGAGUUACUUUUAAUAAGUUUAGAGACAGAAUUCAGUGGAUUUUCUGAGAUUUUACAGUUGAUUAUUUAUUCAGCAAAAAACAGAUUGAACUGCAAAUAGUGUUUAGAUUUGACAAAUCAGACUUCACAUUUUUGGACUCAACUUGCCAUGUUUAAUAGAUUAGACUUUUCCAUGUACUUUUAUUAUAGUUUUCUUAUUAGUGUUUUUUCUGCUUUAUUAAA